AGCAAGAAAAAAGACCGCUUCGCGUCUCUAGCUCUAGCUCUGCGCAUAUGCAACAACUUGAACAAGCGAUCGCUCAUCUUCCAUGUGUUGUUGAAGCAUUAACAAAUAACAUGUGUGAUGGCUGUGCGAGCUGGCCUAAGAGCAGUGUUAAUCGACCUGAGUGGUACAUUACACAUUGAAGACAACAUUAUUCCAGGAGCUGUGGAAGCGCUAGAAAGAUUAAGAGCAGCACCUGUCAAACUCAAGUUUGUGACCAACACCACCAAAGAGAGCACCUCCACCCUCCACCAGCGCCUCCAGAGACUGGGCUUUGACAUCGGAGUGCACGACAUCUUCUCGUCCCUGACAGCGGCUCGAAAUGUGGUAACAGAGGGCGGCUUGAGACCCAUGCUGCUUCUGCAGGAGGACGCUCGGAAGGACUUUGAAGGCAUCCCUACAGACUCGCCCAACUCUGUUGUCGUUGGUCUGUCCCCCGACAGCUUCAAUUAUGCAACACUCAACUUGGCAUUCAGAUUGUUGCUAGACGAUGCAAAGCUGAUUGCCAUCCACAAGGCCAGGUACUACAAGAGGCUGGACGGCCUGGCCCUUGGCCCAGGACCCUUCGUCGAAGCCCUGGAGUACGCCAGUGGUACCAAGGCAUCCGUCCUCGGGAAACCGGAGAAGGCAUUCUUCUUGGAGGCCCUGAAGAGCCUUGGAUGCCGUCCCGAUGAAGCCGUGAUGAUAGGAGACGAUGCCAGAGAUGAUGUGGAGGGAGCCGUGGCUGCUGGCUUGCAAGGAAUCUUGGUCAAAACAGGUAAAUAUCGCCAAGGUGAUGAGGAUCGCAUCCAGCUCAAAGCGACCGCUGUCUGCCGAGAUUUCCCUGAAGCUGUAGAGCACAUUUUUUCCAAGAUGUUGUGACCCAGGGCCCCCCAUCCUCUCUGAAUGGUCAACAUAGAGGUUCCAAUGUCUGGCUGCGAUGGAUAGGGAAGGCAUUUUGUAGUGUCAACCGCAAAGUCGCUGAUGUACCGUGGAUCAAGCGAUUGGA